ACAGAGGGUAUUCGAGGGUCAGAAAGGCGACUCCAUAAAAGAGAUGACAAGAAAGUAGAGGCCCAGACGCCAUUGUCUACUCCCCCAUUGGUGAUCAACAGACCCAACCUUCCAUCCACACUCCAAAAGCAUAUAUUGACACCAUAAAAAGGAAGAUCUAACAGCAGAAAAAUCUAGUGAAAAUGGAAGGCGAUAUCAGGAGCUUGAUCACGGUAUGUCUCUCUGUUCUUGCAUCUCUCUGCUACGCCUAUUUCGUUGUCUCAAAAAUCCCCAAAGGCAAGCUCAGACUCCUUUCUCUCCUCCCAAUCUUUUCCAUUUUUGUCACCCUUCCUUCCCUUUUCUCAUCCAUUCUUCUCUCCGGCUUCACCGCCUUGUUCAUAUCCUGGCUCGCUACUUUCAAACUAGCCCUCUUAUCCUUUGAUUUAGGCCCUCUCGUCACCGGCCGACCAAAGUCUCUCCCCAUCUUCAUCAUCAUUGCUUGUCUCCCCAUCAAAAUCAAGCAAAAUCAGCAACACCCAUAUAAACCCCCGAAAUUGCCUCUGAAUUUUGCAGUCAAAAUUUUGGGUUUUGGUCUUUUCAUCGGGUUGUAUGACUAUAAAGAGCUAAUACACCCCAAUAUCUUCUUGGGCGUGCUUUGUUGCCAAGUUUUUCUGUUUAUAGAGAUUGUUUUCAGUCUUUGCAACUCACUGGUGAAGUCCAUGGCGGGGCUGGAGGUGGAGCAGCCGUCAGACGAGCCGUAUUUGUCGACUUCCCUGCAAGACUUCUGGGGACGGAGGUGGAACCUCAUGGUGACGAAUCUGCUGCGCCAAACAGUAUAUAAGCCCAUGAAAUCUGCGGCGGAGAAGGUGGUCAGCAGACAGUUGUCGCCACUGCCGGCGGUGGUGGCGACGUUUGUGGUAUCCGGUUUGGUGCACGAGUUGUUGUUCUACUACGUCAUACGUGCGAGCCCUUCGUGGGAAAUGACCUGCUUCUUUGUGCUGCAUGGCCUGUGCUUGGUGGUGGAGAUUGGUCUCAAGUCACUGUUUUCAGGCCGGUGGCGGCUGCAUUGGGCUGUUUCGGCGCCGCUCACCGUGGGGUUCGUGGUGGUUACCAGCUUCUGGCUGUUUUUUCCGCCACUGAUAAGAGCCGGGGUCAUCGACCGAGUCGUUGGAGAAAUUAAAUUUUUUUUUGAGCUUGUUAGGGAAAAGAUACCCCCAUUCAAUGCAACAAUGUUGAAAAAUCUCUGAUUUAGUUCUCCAAAUGACAUGAGAUAGAGACUUUUAUAUCCUGAAAAAUUAUGUUGAUGGCAAACCAUGGAUUAAAAAUUGCAUAUUUUGGUGGGCCAUGGAUGGUUUAUUGUAUGGAAUUUGUUUGAUCAACAACAGAAAUUAAGGUUACUCAGAAUUUGCAGGCAGCAGUCAGUGGUCUUCUCUUCUAUCGAUUGGGCAGUUAUUCAGGUUUAUGAAGAUGACAAACCAUGGGCUAAAUCAGUAUUUCAGGGUGGUUGAUCUUAGUGACAGGCUUAUUGUUUGGUUUAGCCACAAGACAGGAGACAGUAUGGUGGCAAAUCUGGGUUGGUUUAGUUAUGAGAGAUGUAAGGCAGAUAGAACAUAGAAUAAGGCUCUUAAAUCUGAGAAAAACUACAGAGUUUUUAAUAUCAUAUUGAAGAAUAUGGUGCUAUUAAAGGUGUGUUGA